AUGCCAUCAGAGACGAUACCGCGCACUCGUGAUGAUAAUCGUGCUAAUAAAAACAAUUUUUAUUUGAUGAAACUUCCAACGAACAAUACGAAAAAAAAAAAGGAAAAGAAAAAGUUGGAACGAAAUGAAGAAUUUCAAAGUAUCUUUUUUAAUUAUGAUGGUACCGAUACAAGAAAUGAAAUUACCUUUUAUUAAAAUAACUUCAUCAAGAAGCCUUGAUGAGAAGAAAGACAGAUUUUCUCAGAAACGAUUUAUAGAUUUUUAGAAGUAACUAGUUACUACAGCGGCGGCAGCAACAGCAGCCAACGACUCAAUCUCGACUCGACAGUGUACAUCCGCCGCGGCGGCCUACUUGGAAUACGACUCGUUCGCGAAGGUUCUCCUUCCAACAGGGUCGACCAGUUCCCGAGCUCUUCGAGAGACGAUUCAUGGAAUCGUGGGGAAAACAAUGACGGAUCGUAUCCGCAAGCUUGAUUUCGCCUUCCAUCACGGUGAAAAUGUGAUUUUCUCAGGAAAGUACUUUUCUCGUUUUGUCGAUCAAUGCUUUCUUAAUCUACUCUUAUUUGUAUCACACCAAUCAUUUUUAUUCUACAAUAUUCGUAACGCUUAUACCUUGGUGAACGCGCCGAAGAGUUCAAUGGACAUCCUAACAAACAAUGUUUGCGAAACAUGGUCCGGGCACUUGUUGAAUCGAGAUGGCCGCUGGGUGGUUGCUGAGGGGAGUUACCGUGUAACGGAUUAGCUGUGUGUGGCAGAAAUGCAUGGCUCUUAACUGCCCAUAAAUCAAAGUCAAGAAGUAUGCUCAUCCCACUCUCUUUUCCUCUCGCGAAAUCUUUAAGGGUUGUGGUUCGCGCGCCUUACAGUCACAACCGAAGAAUCUUUUGAGUCUCGUCUGUGUUACCGAAUCGUGUACACUGAUUUCUGAGGGUAAGUUGUUCUUAUAUAGCCUUUGAAUUUUUUACGAUGCAACUGUCACGAGCAAUUCGACUACGGCAAUGAAAAUGCUACCGGCUGUAAAGCACAUUAAAAACGUUUGAAAUAAAAAUAUUUUUUGUAUCAAAAUUUUAUAAAACUACUUUACCAUUUUCUUUUUUCAUAUUUCAAGUAGUUCUUUUUUUAUAUUCCAAGUAGUUUUUUUCAUUUUCAUUAAAUAACAUUAAAUUUGUAGCGACAUCUAUUGCUAUUCAAUUGUCUUAUCGAAAGUUACCACGGAAAUACCAACAAAUUGUUGGUUACCAAGUUACAAACAAAUUGCCAAGAAUAUAUAUAACAGUUGUUAAGAAAUUAAUAAACAGUCGUCAUUCAUCCAUUAUAUUCUGUAUUAUGUAAACGUUAAAAUAAAGUAUAAAAUUUCCUUUGUAGUACGGUGACUUUAUCACUUACCGUUGUCGUAACUACAAAUUUUUUUACACGAGUGCCAUCUAUCAGCGAAUUGUGUAGUCAAUUCGCGAAACAGAUUAUUCUAAAAUUAGUCAAAUAAAAGUAUGUUCAAAAUAUGUAUUUUUCGACAUUACAGCUGUUAGAGUGUUUCUGUUGUUAAAUAAUUUAUGAAAUGAGAUAAAUCAAUUAACAAAUUUACCGAAGAUGAAUAAACAAAAGAAAUUUGUGGAAAAUUGUAGCAAUAUUCCUUUAAAUAAUUAUCGUUAAAUACAUGUCAUUAUGUCGACAAAUUACACAGUAAGUUUGAUGACAGAGUUUCUAUAAACAAAUUCGCUCCAAUUUCUGUUUUAUCGUCAGGAAUGUAGGUCAAUGGAGUAAACGUGAGAGAAGUACCAGAACUAGAAAAGAUUCAUGACGACUGUGCUCGCAAUAAGAUAAUGUUCACUGCGUGA